CUGGAGGACUCCCUACAUUCUUCCUCCAUUACCUCACUGCCUCCGGUGACUGCUGGGAUACGGGCGGACUCGGCCGCGGCUCGACUCAGUCCUCCAGCCUCCCGGGGAAUACCUCCAGUCCGUCCCAGCCGCCGCCGCCCGCCGCCCGCCGCCUUCGCCCCGCCCCGUCCGCGCCGCGCGUCCGCGGGGCCCACUUCUCUCGGGAGCCCCCACCCAGGCGCAUGGCUCCAUGAAGCGGGAGGAGGAGGCAGAGCGCGAGAGGUCCCGUCCGCCCCGGCCGCGUCUGGGCCAGGAGAAAAGGUACAGGAAGAAGGAAUGGAAUCGGAAGGAAGAAAAUUCAUUCCCGAGGCAAAGUAGCUCCCCUCCUCUGUUGUAGCCGCUCCUCUGCUAAUACAGACUUUCUGCUUUCAGGUUCUGCAGCAUUCCAGGCCUCGAGCAUCGCAUCAGGAUGGGAAAAAGACGUUGUGUUCCUCCACUCGAGCCCAAGUUGGCAGCAGGCUGUUGUGGGGUCAAGAAACCCAAGCUAUCUGGAAGUGGAACACACAGUCACGGGAAUCAGUCCACAACUGUCCCCGGCUCUAGUUCAGGACCUCUUCAAAACCACCAGCAUGUGGACAGCAGCAGUGGACGGGAGAACGUAUCGGACUUAACUCUGGGGCCUGGAAACUCUCCCAUCACACGAAUGAAUCCCGCAUCGGGAGCUCUGAGCCCUCUCCCCCGGCCCAAUGGAACUGCCAACACCACGAAGAAUCUGGUGGUGACCGCAGAGAUGUGCUGCUACUGCUUCGAUGUACUCUACUGUCACCUCUAUGGCUUCCCACAGCCUCGACUCCCUAGAUUCACCAAUGACCCCUAUCCACUCUUUGUGACAUGGAAGACAGGGCGGGACAAGCGGCUUCGUGGCUGCAUUGGAACCUUCUCAGCCAUGAAUCUUCACUCAGGACUCAGGGAAUACACGUUAACCAGUGCACUUAAGGACAGCCGAUUUCCCCCCCUGACCCGAGAGGAGCUGCCUAAACUUUUCUGCUCUGUCUCCCUCCUUACUAACUUUGAGGAUGCCAGUGAUUACCUGGACUGGGAGGUAGGGGUCCAUGGGAUUCGAAUUGAAUUCAUCAAUGAGAAAGGCGUCAAGCGUACAGCCACGUAUUUACCUGAGGUUGCUAAGGAACAAGACUGGGAUCAGAUCCAGACAAUAGACUCCUUGCUCAGGAAAGGUGGCUUUAAGGCUCCCAUCACCAGUGAAUUCAGAAAAACCAUCAAGCUCACCAGGUAUCGGAGUGAGAAGGUGACAAUCAGUUACGCGGAGUACAUCGCGUCUCGACAGCACUGUUUCCAGAAUGGCACUCUUCAUUCCCCGCCCCUCUACAAUCAUUACUCCUGACACACGGCUGCAUGACCAGUCCCACCCCCCUGUGGCCACCAAUGGCUAUGACAUCAUUGGAGCAGAUGCCUCCUCUUCCUGGUCCAGUUACUUCUAUUACUGCACCAUUUUAUGAUGCUAGCUUCCGUUGCCAAGUCUGCCUCCCACUGACUGAGGGGGUGGGGUUACACUGAAUGAAGCAGAACUUUGAGGGGCCCAAGCCUUAUCUCAGCCUUUCCUCAAUAUGGGGUUCCGUUGGAUUGGGGCUCCUCCGUGACUAGUGAGAAUUCCUGUGGGAGUGCGGAAGACCCUUGGCUUGUGCUUUGCCACGUGUGUUGGCCUCGCGCCGGAAGCUGGAGUUGAUGAUCCAAGAAGGCGUACCCCACACACACCCCUGCAGCCUCCCCAGAUCAAAUAGGUGUACUCCCCUGGCAGUCUGGGCAACGGAGACCAACAACAAACACUUUUAGGUUGUUUUAAAUUCAUUUUUUUAAACUUCCGAUUUAUUGUGUGUACCAAGAGUUGUUCACCACCUUCAUGCUUCAUAAGUGGACGCCAUGUUAGGGUUAAGCGUGGGCCCCUGGAGUCCCCCGAGGCUCCCGGACAGAGACCCACACCGAGAUCGGAAGCCCUGCAGCUGGCGUUGCAGAUCUCAUUGCUCAAUCAGCCCUCCAGUUCUCAUCCCACUCUGUCGGACUUGGUGGCACUCUGCCUGCGUUGAGUCUCCUGGUGUAAAACAGAGCUCGGGGCUGUAGCCUGCUGAGGAAUGAAGCAGAGAGGUCUGCCUGCAGGUGUGCAAGCAGAGACCUCACCACCGGCCACCUUGCUCCCCUGGUGGCUGUGCCUGGAGCUGGAUGGAGGUUCUCGGAAGUAUAGCUGUGCCCUUCUGUUGUGGGGUUGGGUCUAGGAAGAUGGGUGCCUAUUGCAGGAGAGAAGCCUGGGUCUGUUUCUCAGGCCUGCAUCCCAAGGGACCUUGAGGCAGGGGUGUUCUUUUUUUGCGGUCUGCCUGUGGAAGCGGUGGACGUUGCCGUCCUUUAGAGGCGAAGCUGUGUAGUGAAGGUGAAUCUUUGGUCUUGCCUUACCAGGGCAUAUCUCUUGACAGCUCAUUUUCCCCUCAGGCAUUCAAACUUUCUUAUUGUUGCUGACUUCCAGAUAGCUGUCAGCAAGCUUCACCUACCCCUUCCUCCAUCCUUUAUCACUUGGUGAGUUUGUAGAAGUAGGGGAUUUGGGUGAAACUUUCAAAUGGCCACAGAGGCACUGCUGAGGUGACUUGCGGGAGUAGGUGGCUGGCUAGAGGGGCCAAAGGAUGAUACACUGGCUUUCAGCAGCAUAGCUGGAGAACUAUGACAGCAGGCUGGGCACAAGCUAACAGAUUAAUUUAUUUUGUAAAGUUGAUGCUGUGAUGGUGUGGCUUUCUGAAAUGGGCAGAUAUUCAAGUCAAGAGAUCUUUGGCAUUUGCUUCUGCCAGGGAUAUGUGAGGGAGAAUACAGGUGACAUGAAGGUGCCCAGGCCUUGCCCUCUCCACUCCCUGCUGCUGUGCCUGGUCCCUACAGCCUGCCAUGUUUCUCUUGCCAUGUUAAGUGAAGGUGAAGGAGUCAUUUCAUGACUUCAUGCUGCUGAGAACAAAUGUUACCAACAGAUACUCUUCGGUGCCAUGGAUGAUGAUGCUAGGGUGGUCAACUCUGGACCAAGCCACCCUCCGGUUUGUACAACAGUAUUGACACAUAGGGCUACACUCAUUACUGUUUAAGUGUUCUAUGUUAAAAGUUGUGUUUAAUUUCUAAAGAUUAAAAAAAAAAGCAAAAAAAAAUGGUGCUAAACUUCCUCCCUUGAGCACGCUCAGUGAGACUGGUCAUGCAAGCAUUUACAACGCCACGCUCUUCAAGCCCAUCUCUAUGUAGACAUAUUGCCCUGUUCAUCUUCCCCAAUGUAUAGUAUGUUGGCUUUGUUUAUUUUUUUAAAUUUUAAUGAGGGUAGGAUAGGAUACCUGCCAUUUAAGCAAAUGAACAGAAAUUUUAAAAAUCCAAUAAAUGGGGGAGGAAAAAAAAAUCAGUGCACAAGAAUUGGGGUGGUAGAUGAAAGCCCAGCGCACCCUGGAGUGGGCUCAGUGGCUUUGGCAUGAAGAAGCCUUACUCCCUGCACAUUCCUUUAUGCUCCCAUCCACGCACAGCAGUGGAAACACUUGGGGGCCUCCUGCCUCAUCAGGAGCCACCGGGAGGUGGCCCCGGGAGGAAUGGGGGCUGUGAGCCUCCUACCCGAACGGGGCUGGUCAGGAAGCAGUCAUGAGAGCAGUGGCAGGUGGCUCUCAAAAAGGUACCAAGUCUAGAUCAUCCACGUGACAGCUUUGCAUAGGGAGGUGAUGGCUCUGAACUGGGACUGAAUGGCCUGCCACAUGCAUGACCAAAGCAGUGAUGCGAUGAUAGGGUUUGGGGAAAGUUUUACUGCUGAGUGUUACUGCCUGUGCCCCUGAACCACUCGGGCAAAAUAGGUUGCAAGAGGAACCAGUUAGUCCACCUGUGCUGGCUUGGCUCGGUUUGGAGCAGGUCACAUCCCUAGCUGUGAGUGCCUUUCGGUCUGGGAAGUUGGCUUGUCUCAUCAUACCCGCAGCUAGGACAUUCUCUCCCUGUAAUUAUGAACUGUCCUUGUUUCACAUGAACUCAAAGAGGAUGUCUUUGAUGUUUGUCAACUGUUGGAUUGUUUCCCACUGUGCGGUUGUUAAAACUUUUUCGCUUCAUAAUAUUAAAACAACUCCUGUUAGAGACCCUUCCUACGCGGAAGGCUUGUAGUAGAAACAUUACAUAUAUUUUGUUGUUUAUAAUAACAAUCAUCUAUACACAAGAAGUCCUAGGUGUUAGUACUUUGCACAAGAUCCAUUUUCCAUGAUCUGUUAACAUCUGCAAUCUCACUAACUGUUGGUGUUAUUUUCUAUGGGGAUUUCUGGAGCCUAGGAAGCUGUGUGUUCUUUCUGUUAAGUUUUUGUUCUAACUUCCCUGAAGCAAGAGACUGUAUGGCCUUCAGUGCAAAGACUUCAGACCAAUUCUUUGUAUUACACUUGGUUGCCUCUCGGCUAUUUAACUUCUGAGUGCAAAUCAUUGAACUCUUUAACGAAGUAUUGUAGAGAAUAAAUCAUAAUGGGUAAA